CCAGUUUCAUUUGCAGUGUGAACAUGGAAGCACCUCGCCAAGUACAACAGCAACUUCCUGCUCGAGGAAGAGGAGGAAGAAGAAGAGGAAGAGGAGGAGUGAGAAUGCGUGGAGGAAUAGGGGGAAGAGGCCGAGGAGCACGGAGGCACCAUGAUGUCCCAGAUGAAAUCCGGGCCACCCUUAUUGACCACGUCAUAAACCAUCGCCUCACAAUGGCAGAGGCAGGUCGCCGAGUGCAGCCUAAUGUGCCUCGGUCUACAGUCUCCUCCAUCAUCCAAACCUUUCGCAGGGAAAACAGGAUUGGACGACAGCCUCAAGUGGGUGGCAGAAGAAAACUUCUAAAUGAACAACAAGAACAAGAAAUAUGCAACAUGGUCAUUGCAAAUAAUGCCAUCACACUGAGACAGAUUCGUAAUGCAAUCCUGCUAGACAAUGUAAUGUUCCAAAAUAUAAACUCUAUCAGCAUCUCCACAAUAGACCGGGUAUUGAAGAAACAUCAGAUGACCAUGAAACAGAUUUACAGGGUACCAUUUGAGAGAAACUCUGACAGAGUGAAAGGGCUGCGGUACCAGUAUGUGCAUGUAAGUCAACUACUGGUUGUCUAUCAUUGUAACACUAUUACAGUAAGACAUGGUUACCACUGUUUUUUUGUUUUGCGUUAUCCUUUUCACCUUCAGAAUCCAGCUUUGUGUGACUAGAGCAUUUUUCCUAGAAAUUGUCUUCAGUUUCCCACUCCCUGUUUGUACAGUACUUUAGAUCCUCCCUGCAGUAUCUGUCUCUACUUGACUGAUUAGAUUUAUUUCUAUUCUAUUGUAGAGAAUUAUGGCAUUAGAAGGCAACGAAACCCCUCACAUCCUAGUGUUCGUUGAUGAAGCUGGCUUCAACCUGGCCAAAGGUCGAAGGCGUGGCCGUAACAUCAUUGGCCACCGAGCCACUGUGGAUGUCCCAGGCCAGCGAGGAGCAAAUAUAACAAUGUGUGCCGCUAUAUCAGAAAGAGGUGUGGCCACACACAUUCCCAGUUUAGGGCCCUACAAUACACAAAAGCUCCUCAAUUUUUUGGACCACCUUUAUACUGAUCUGAUCCCAGAAAAUGAGAGAGGUGUAGAAGGACCUCAGCU